CAAGGUCGCAUUGAUUGGUUGAAGGGCUUGAAGGAAAAUGUUAUUCUCGGGGGAAUGAUACCUGUCGGUACUGGAUUCAACCGUUUGGUAAAACGGAGCAAAAUGAAUUCGAGAACGAGUCAAAAAAGUCUAUUUAUCAAUAAAGUCGAAGAUUUUUUUUUUGAGCAUCAAGAUCAAGCCUUGAUUUUAUCUCUUAAACAAAAAGAAACUAGUAAAAAUAAAAAAGAAACUAGUAAAAAUAAAAAAGAAACUAGUAAAAAUAAAAAAGAAACUAGUAAAAAUAAAAAAGAAACUAGUAAAAAUAAAAAAGAAACUAGUAAAAAUAAAAAAGAAGCUAGUAAAAAUAAAAAAUAAAAAAGCAAAUUGUUAGAUUUCAUUUAAAAAAUGAAAUGAAUACUUGUACCAAGUACGCUACGGCAAGCAAUCUAACCCAUUCCAUUGGAAUGUAGAUAUUACACAUAGUAAAAAAAGAAAAGCAAAAAUGACGAAAAAAAAUUGGAACAUCAAUUUGAAAGAGAUGGUAAAAGUAGGAGUUCAUUUUGGUCAUGAGACCAGAAAAUGGAAUCCUAAAAUGGCACCUUACAUUUUUAAAGAACGUAAAGAUAAUCAUAUUAUAAAUUUAACUUACACCGCUCGUUUUUUAUCAGAAGCCUGUGAUUUUGUGUUUGAUGGAGCAAAAAGAGGAAAACAAUUUAUGAUAGUUGGUACAAAACAUCAAACAGCUGAUGCUGCUAAAUUAGCUGCUUUAGCAGCUCGAUGUCAUUAUGUAAAUAAAAAAUGGCUCGCGGGUAUGUUAACUAAUUGGUUUACUACAGAAGCAAGACUUGAAAAAUUCAAAAAUUUAACGAAAAAAAAAAAUACGGGAGGAUUCGAUGGAUUUACGAAAAAAGAAGCAGCAAUACUCAAGAGAGAAUUGAACAAAUUGCAGGAAGAUCUAGGGGGUAUUAGAUACAUGACAAAAUUGCCCGAUAUUGUAAUAAUUCUCGAUCAAAAAGGAGAAUAUACUGCUAUUCGGGAAUGUAGAACUUUGGGUAUUCCAACAAUUUGCUUAGUUGAUACAGAUUGUGACCCAGAUCUCGUGGAUAUCCCAAUCCCAGCCAAUGAUGAUGGUAGAGGACCAAUCCGCCUGAUCCUAAAUAAAUUAAUUUUAGCAAUUCGCGCGGGUAGAGAAUUGUACUAUAAAAAGUGA